GGUGGGAAGGAUGCGGCGCUUGGGGCCGCCGCCGCCCCGGCUGCUCCUGCUGCACCUUCUGCUAAGCGUUGCGGUCCCGGGCCAAGCCGACGCCAAGGCGGUCACCUGCGGCUCCGUGCUCAAGCUGCUCAACACGCGCCACGGCGUCCGCCUGCACUCCCAUGACGUCAAAUACGGAUCCGGCAGCGGGCAGCAGUCGGUGACGGGCGUGGAGGUGUCAGACGACGCCAACAGCUACUGGCGGAUCCGCGGCAAGACGGACGGCGCGUGCCCGCGGGGCAGCCCCGUGCGCUGUGGCCAGGCCUUACGCCUCACCCACGUGAACACGGGCAAGAACCUGCACACCCACCACUUCCCCUCGCCGCUGUCCAACAACCAGGAGGUGAGCGCCUUCGGGGACGACGGGGAAGGAGACGAGCUGGACGUCUGGACGGUGCAGUGCAGCGGGCCGCACUGGGAGAGAGGGGCCGCCGUGCGCUUCAGGCACCCGGCCACGGACGUCUUCCUGGCCAUCACCGGCGAGCAGUACGGCCACCCCAUCCGCGGGCAGCGGGAGGUCCACGGCAUGCCCGGCGCCGGCCCGCACAGCGCGUGGAAGGCGGCCGAGGGCGUCUUCAUCCGGCCCGGCCCGGAGCCCGGCGGCCACGAUGAGCUCUGACCGCCCGCGGGCCCACCGAGGCGGGACGGCGGGAUGGGCGGGCGAGGGCAUUCCCGCGCCGGGAGGCCUCCGCUCCUGCCCGCUGCUGCUGGGUGGGCACGGGGGGCGAAUGGCUCCUCACCUUCCCUCAUGGACACCCCCCAAUUUGCCCGAAAAGAGCAAUAAACGGCCCGCGAGCGGGCCCUUCCCGGAGCAAUUUCUGGCGCUU